AUGAAGACUAUGAGGAUCAAUGUGCAAUUUGGAGAUAGUCUUCGUUUUGUCUCAAAGAAGAGCAACAUCACGUGUACCACUCUCAGUUCUAAGACUCAUGAAGCUACAAAGAUUGUGAAGGAAAGGUUGACAAAGAACCAAGAGUUGGGAAGGAUAAGGUUGAUAGAGGACCAAGGAUUGAGAAGCCACGUCUUGAGAGGGCUAGAGUUGAGAAACCACGUUCUGAUAGACCACGAGCUGAUAGACUUGUUCAAGCCCCUUGUGUGCUUGAUGAAAAGCCUUCAAGCUUUGUUUGAUGAGCCACUAGGAAGGGCUCUAAAAGAAGGGGAGGAUGUAGCCUCUAAGGCAAGACCAGGUGAUAAAAGAAAGGAUCCACCAGCUCAGGCCCCUUCAUUCAAGCCAUCUCAGCUCACUAUGACCUUGUUCCCCACCAAGUUUGAAAAUGGGAAGAUUGAGUACAAGAUAAGGUACAAGGGGAGAUCAAGGCCAUUCUCUAGAGCCAAAGCCUUGGUGACUUCAGAACAAUCCAGGGACCCAACCAAGCUAAAGGAGCUUCUGUCUCAAGUCCUCACUAUCACCCUUGAUGGUGGGACUAGCUCAACCAAUGCCUAA